AUGACGUCACCAUCUUCCCCGCAGAUGACGUUCUCCAACAAACUCACCGCUGCAGUCGGAGGUAGUAGAAAGGAUGGCCUCUACAGACCCCAAAAACCACGUUCAGUCAUCAUCUACCCCUUCGUCACCAUUUACCACUACGUCAUCAUCUACCCUUAUUUCAUUAACUACAUCUAUAUAAUCAUCUACCUCUCUAUCAUCAUCUACCGCUGUCUUCAUCUACCUCUACGUCAUCAUCUACAUCUACAUCACCAUCUACCACUGUCUUCAUCUACCUCUACGUCAUCAUCUACCUAUACAUCAUCACCUACCGCUAUGUCUUCAUCUACCUCUACGUCAACAUCUACCCUUACUUCAUCAUCUAAAUCUACGUCAUCAUCUACCUCUAUUUCAUCAUCUACCUCAACGUCAUCAUCUACCCUUAAGAUAUCAUCUACCUCGACGUCAUCAUCUACCCCUAAGACAUCAUCUACCUUAACGUCAUCAUCUACCCCUAAGACAUCAUCUACCUUAACGUCAUCAUCUACCCCUAAGACAUCAUCUACCUUAACGUCAUCAUCUACCCCUAAGACAUCAUCUACCUCGACGUCAUCAUCUACCCCUAAGACAUCAUCUACCUUAACGUCAUCAUCUCCCUCUACGUCAUCAUCUACCUUAACGUCAUCAUCUACCCCUAAGACAUCAUCUACCUCUACGUUAUCAUCUACCUCUACGUCAUCAUCUACCUUAACGUCAUCAUCUACCCCUAUGUCAUCAUCUACCCCUAAGACAUCAUCUACCUCUACGUUAUCAUCUACCUCUACGUCAUCAUCUACCUUAACGUCAUCAUCUACCCUAGACAUCAUCUGCUCUACGUUAUCAUCUACUCUACACUCAUCUACCUUAACGUCAUCAUUUUACCCUAAUACAUCAUCUACCUUAACGUCAUCAUCUACCCCUAUGUCAUCAUCUACCCCUAAGACAUCAUCUACCUCUACGUUAUCAUCUACCUCUACGUCAUCAUCUACCUUAACGUCAUCAUCUACCCCUAUGUCAUCAUCUACCCCUAAGACAUCAUCUACCUCUACAUUAUCAUCUACCUCUACGUCAUCAUCUCUCCCUACGUUUUCAUCUACCUCAACGUCAUCAUCUACCCCAAUGUCAUCAUCUACCUCUAAGACAUCAUCUACCUUAACGUCAUCAUUUACCCCUAAUACAUCAUCUACCUUAACGUCAUCAUCUACCCCUAUUUCAUCAUCUUCCUCUACAUCAUCAUCUACCUCUACGUUAUCAUCUACCUCAACGUCAUCAUCUACCCCUAUGUCAUCAUCUACCUCAACGUCACCAUUUUCCCCUAUGUCACCAUUUACCUCCACAUCAUCAUCUACCCCUACGUCAGCAUCUACAUCUACAUCAAUAUCUACUCUUAUGUUACCAUUUACCUCUAUAUCAUCAUCUACCUCUGUAUAA